AUUCCAUAGACGCACAUUUCCCCAAAGUCUCCCAAGGAACCACAUACAAAAUGAAGCUCGUCGCACUCACAUUGGUCGCAGUUGUGGCCAUUUGCCUGUAUUCCGUUGAUUGCGCCUCUUCCGCUUCAGGAUCAGGAGCAGCUGCUUCCAGCGGAUCCGGAAGUGCCAGUGGAAGCGGAAGUGCCAGUGGAAGCGGAAGUGCCAGUGGAAGCGGAACUGCCAGUGGAAGCGGAAGUGGAUCUGGAACAGGAACGGGCACGGGAACAGCCACCACGUUGGCUCCCACGACCACCACCACCACAACCACCACCGAUGCUCCAGUGACGCACAAGAAAGUCCAUCGGAGAAGGCGCAUCAUCAUCCGGAAAAUCGUACGGAGGCGCGCAGGCGAACGAAGGCGUCGUGGAUAAAAAAAGAGCAAUGUUUUUCAAUGCAAUAUAAAUUAAAAGCAAAAGUUAUGAUGGUCAAA